AUGCAUCCUCUUCUUUCGAACCUUCUUUUGGAAAACGGGCGUUUCAAUUUCCACUCCAAGGCAAUUAUUAUUAAUCAAAUUGCAAUCAAAUAUGGUAAGGAAUGGAACACUGUAGUGUUAGUGAAGAGACUCGUUGCCAAGGCUCAGACUGCCACGGGAAUUCUGCUUCCCGAAACUUCGGUCGCGAAGGCGAAUCAGGGCAAUGUGAUUGCCGUGGGUCCUGGCCGCAUGGACAACAAUGGAAAAUUGCUGCCUAUGAACUGCAAGGUCGGUGAUCGUGUGUUGCUCCCUGAGUAUGGAGGCACCCCUCUGAAGAUGGGAGAGGAGGAAUACACUCUGUUCUGCGACUGUGAUAUUCUGGGAAAGUUUGAGUAAUUUU